UCAGUCAGUUUCGGAGGCGCGCUCAGUGAAGACGUAUGUCGUCUGCGUCGCGACAGUUCUACGGUUUUUCCAAAGCUUCAAGUUCUUCACACUCCGUCCCCCAGUUUCUGUGCUUCUUUGGCGCGCGGUUUUGAAGACACCCUCGUUUGGUUUGGUGUGUUUGUCAGAACCCACAUUAACAUCGUCAAGAUCUUCGAAAUUGAGCAGAAACAAACAAAAGUGUAGUGAUAAAUUUGCAACAACGGCAAGUGACGAACCCCUUAGCUUCGCCUAUCCUAAUCUGUGCCGGCCAUACAAAGUACAAUCCUGAAGCAGUAAGGCUUUCAGCGGCAUUCGCGUGAUACGAAUCCUGUAACCAUCUUGCCAUUAGCCCGUAGUUCCUGCAAGGAAUUGCCCCGUUGUUCCUAGUGUGUUAGUGUGUGCGUGUGUGUAUUUGUUAGUGCAUAUUUUAUCGGUGUCGGUGUGUAGUGGGCAAAAAAAAAGAAGGAAAAUCCAAAUCGGUCAUCAUUAUCUCAGUGCAACAUAAUUCCAUUUGAACGAUUGGUAUCGAUCGUGACCGUUUCAAAUGUGACUGAUACGUUGAGCGCUGCGUGCCAAUCGAAGUGGAUGAAAGAGUGUAAUUUGGCGUGGAAUUACGCGAUACCGUCCAGAGAGUGAAUAGAAUAAGUGUGCCUCAAGUACAGCGCGCGCGUGUGUGUCUGUUGUCGGGCGCAGGCCCGUUCCAAGAUAACUAUUUCGUUGAAGGAAAAUCCUAGAAUCCCCAACACACGCUCAAACACACACACACAUCAUGUCAGCGGUGCCGGUCGUUUGGUGUUCGGAUCCGAACUCGUCGGAAAAGAAGCAACCGUUCGCGCUGCAGGGCAUCCAGCUGCAGGGCAACAUCACCGAGAAGCAUGUGCUCGCGAUGAAGGAGCUGAUCAAUGCCGCGUCGGAAGGUCGUCUGCUGCUGCCUACCGACGGUGCCAUUGUCCUGCUCGACUGUGGUCUCAGCAUUGGUAGCAUGGUGAUCGAGGGUAAGGCGGGUAAGGAGGUGGCUGCAGCAGCCGCCGUCGCCUCGGCCGCCACCACAGCCUCCAGCACAUCCACCGACACUGACACUGCGGUCGGUAAUCAUAAAUCAAUUCUGCCCUACCGUCCUGCCGCGGCCAAUAAUUGUGAACCGUCGCCGGUCGACGGGGGAGACUGUAAUAAUCAUAAUAGUAGCAGUAGCGAUGAGUCUGAUAGAAUAGCCACUAGUGAUAGGCAGCGGCGGCUCGAAGCUGCCGAGAAGCUGCGCGUCAUGCUGGAACGGCAGCUUGACGGGGGGGACAUUGAUCCGGAUCAGCCAAAUGCAACGGUAUCUCAUCGGGAGUGUGAUGACGAUCGAGGGAGAGCGGCGAGCGACGGUGGAAACGGUGAAAAUCUAGACGAUCGUUUGGGUGCUGUUGAGCGAGAGAUUGAUUUUCCAAUCGAAGAAGAAGCUGCUGCAAAGCAACCACAUUCAAGCGAGCUUCAUGUGGACGACGGUGAAGACGAGGAGGAAGAGGAGGAAGAGGGGUGUGGAGAAUCCGGCGCGGUGGAGCGAGUGGGUUCUUCCUUGGGAGGGGCAGGGCCCGAACUCCUAUACGAAUUUCUGUGCUGUGCCAAAUGCAUGAACGAUCCGUCGUCCAGCUGCUCCAAUAUGCCAAGUCAUCGAACACGCAGUCUAACAGCGCUCAACAACAGCUCCAAGCUGCUGUCGCGCGUACUAAACGGUCGUGCAAAGGCGCGGCUUUACUGCGAUCCCGUGUAUAGCAUUUCGAAUCUGUACUUCAAACGCUUCAUCAAUUACAAAAUCACCAAAAGCCGACGACCGGUGAUACGCAAAACUUCCAGCCGUAGUGAUCGAUCCUCCGGCGCUGGAGGAGGAGACUCCCCCGGGGGGAUCAUCAGUGCCGCGCCAGAUGGUGGUGGUGGAGGAGGCAGCAAAAAGAAGCAUUACGCCGAAGGGUCUCCAGUGUACGCGACCGUAAAUAAGAAGCUGAAGUUAAAGUCACGUCUGGAUGCACUGCGACGCAGCGGACACAUGAAGGAUGGUAGUCUCGGUGCGAGAAGAAUGCGCGGUGAGCGUGGCAAUCACAGUGAUACUUCACGACUACCGGCAAAAACGUUAGAAAAGCAGGAAGUAGCGCCGGAUGCUGCCAAUCCGAUGUUGCCGGAAAUUUUCAUCACAGGUACAUCCGGAUCACCGGCCAAGCCGCUGGGCAGCUCCAGUAGAAAGACUAGCUUCGACUCCACCUGCACAGUCAGCUCGAUGGAUUCGGGCUUCAUCGAUCAGCAGCAACGACAGCAGCUAAAGCAACAGCUACAGCAACUGCAACAGCUGAAAGGGUGCCCCGGUGGCCCGGAGGAACAGCCGCCGGGCGUUGGUGCCAGUGAGCAGGAGGAAGACGACGGUAGCGAUCGGUUGAAUGAUCUGUCGCGGGUACAGAUCAAAGAGUGUCUAGUGACACAGUCGCGCAAUCGGCGCAAGUCAUACGAAGAGUUUAAGUCCCUCUUCCGGCAGGAAGCAGCGCCGGGUGCUGAUGUUGCUACUGCUGCAGUUGCUGUUGUUGGACACGCUGGACGCGCCAACAACACGGCCGGUUUGCCAUUGCCGAGUGUGGAUGAGAAGGAAAGCGUUAAGGCAAGACGCAAGUCAUACGAGGAGUUUAAGGCGUUAGUCAAAAUUUGUGAUACUAGCUUUAGCAGUUUGAAAACGACGGCCGAGGAAGAGCCGGAAAAGGAGCAGAGGGAGGGAGAUGCACCUGAUCAGGAUACGAGCAGGGCACGCAAAUCGGCAACACUGCCUGCAUCGCCAACCACCAACAGUGUUGGGAACUUGUUCAAGAUGAAGCGCAAAAAUUCGCGGCGUCUCAGUCUGAAGAAGCCCGCUUCGGUUGGGGGAGGUGGUAAUGGAGCGGAUAUCCAGCGGUCCGAGUCGGGUCGGGAGGUAGUGAAAGGUAGCACCAUUUAUGACAUUCUUCGCAGCGAUCGGAAGUCCUCGGCGUCGAGUCCACUGAUCAAGGAUCUCGGCCAGUUGGCACUCAGCCGCACGGCAGAUGAAAUCUACCGGAAAAACUAUAAAAUCUACGACAAGCUGAUCUCGUACGGCAGUAAAGCGUACAAGCGAUACGAUAAGUACAUGACGUAUGGCACUAUAUACGAGAUCCUGCACCGUAAGUCGGACGCAGCCGAGGACGUUUUUCUGCGAAAGCGUGCUCUUUCGGAGAAGUACGCCAAGCGAAAGGUCGGCACAGGCUCCCACUAUGGUUCGGUUAAGUUGGGCACGAUCUACGACAUUUUGCAGGGCAAACAUCAGCAACUGCAACAGAUCGAUGCUAGCGCACGGAAGAAGUCAGCACCGGGGCCGGACGAAACGCCGCCCCCAACGCUUUCCACGAUCUACGACAUCAUUCACUCGAAGAAAGCUGCCGAUCCUUCCUCACCAAAGGACAAAACGGGCAAGAAUCGAUUUUUGGUAAAGAAAAUCACCGAAGAGGAGCUGCAUCUGAGCAACGAAAACAAUCGCAACGAGCUAAACUUGACAUCCGGGACGGGUACUUCGAAAGCAGCUGUGCUUGAUGGAAGCAGCUCACCGAAAACGUCCGACGCCACUGCCGACGGCGUUCCACCAUCGCCCGACUACACGAUCCCAAAGUCGAUGGGACAGGCUAGGAAGCCGGCGCGUACACGUCGCUUCUCGAACAUUCUCUCGUACAGCUCGCAUUCAACUUCACCCAAGACGUCGACCGCUGCGGCCUCUCUGGCCCCGGCACCAACAAUCGAAGAACCUCGCCUGGAUAGUCCACGGCUAAAGCAGAUAGCGGCCAGUGAUGAGGAUCUGUACAAAAGUGCUACGGCAAAACUGCGAGCCGCCCAACAGCAGGUUCAGCGUCACCAGCUGUCGGUGGACGAGCUGUACGCACGUAUCGGCAAGCUAAGGAAAUCGGCAACCGUUGCUUCGGCCCUUUGUACCAAAAUCGAUGAAGUUGUCGGUGAUGAGGGGGGUGGUUCCGAACCGCAGGCUACCGAUCCCAUCAAAGUGUUGGAACCUCUGCAACCUACCAGACAGCGGGCACACCACCUGAACGUGCCCGGUCGGCGAGAUUUUGGCCCGGCGGAUGAAAUCCAACCCGGGGCGAUCUUCAAAUCAAACUCGCUUGAUAUGCUGGCGCCCAAGAAACUGUCGAGGACGGCACGCUGGAGUAAGCACAUGCAUGAUGCGGCCAACGGGUUGAGCGGACCGAUCCGCAAACUGUCGCCAUUGAUAAUGCCGAUGAAGCGAGGUGGUGGGUCAGGAGAGCAGAAGAAGAGCACCCGGCGGCUGUCCGAGUUCACGCGGGGUGAAUUUCUCAACGAGAAACCAUGGUACUUCCGCAAGAUCAAAAGAAUAGAGGCGGAGAAGAAGCUGCUGCUGCCGGAGAACGAGCAUGGUGCAUUCUUGAUCCGCGACUCGGAAAGCCGUCACAACGAUUAUUCCCUAUCCGUGCGCGAUGGCGAUACGGUGAAACACUACCGCAUAAGGCAGCUGGACGAGGGCGGUUUCUUCAUCGCUCGAAGGACCACAUUCCGCACGCUGCAGGAGCUGGUUGAGCACUACUCGAAGGAUUCGGAUGGUUUGUGCGUGAACCUAUGCAAACCGUGCGUACAGAUCGAGAAACCUGUCACGGAUGGUCUAUCUCAUCGCACACGCGAUCAGUGGGAAAUCGAUAGAACGUCCCUGAAGUUCGUGCGCAAGCUCGGCUCCGGACAGUUUGGCGAUGUAUGGGAGGGUCUCUGGAACAACACUACCCCGGUCGCCAUCAAGACACUUAAAUCGGGCACGAUGGAUCCGAAAGAUUUCCUUGCCGAGGCACAGAUCAUGAAGAAGCUGCGGCACACGAAGCUGAUCCAGCUGUACGCUGUCUGCACGCUGGAGGAACCGAUCUACAUCAUCACAGAGCUCAUGAAGCACGGCUCAUUGCUAGACUAUCUGCAGGGUAAGGGCAGAUCAUUGAAGUUGCCACAGCUCAUCGAUAUGGCGGCCCAGAUUGCGGCCGGCAUGGCAUACCUCGAGUCCCAGAACUACAUCCAUCGUGACUUGGCCGCACGUAACGUGCUGGUCGGUGAUAAUAAUAUCGUAAAGAUUGCCGAUUUCGGAUUAGCUAGAUUAAUCAAAGAAGAUGAAUAUGAGGCGCGCGUUGGUGCACGUUUCCCGAUCAAGUGGACCGCCCCGGAAGCGGCAAACUACAGCAAGUUCUCGAUCAAAUCCGACGUGUGGAGUUUCGGCAUCCUGCUAACGGAGCUGGUCACAUACGGCAGAAUACCGUAUCCGGGCAUGACGAAUGCGGAAGUGUUGACACAGGUCGAGCACGGGUACCGUAUGCCACAGCCGCAGAACUGCAACACACCACUGUACGAGAUUAUGCUCGAGUGCUGGAACAAGGACCCGAUGCGGCGACCCACGUUCGAAACGCUCCAGUGGAAGCUGGAAGAUUUCUUCACCAUGGACCCAAGUGAAUACAAGGAGGCCGCACCCUUCUGAUAAAUGUCCGGCCGCGCCAACGACCUACCAUCGACACCGUCGUCGAUGUCAGUGCAGCAGAAGCAGUAAAGUCAUCAACCAUCACCGUGUCACACAACAAAACAGCAGCAGUAGCUCAGUAACAAACCUGGGGAUAUAUUGGGGGUUUCAUUGCUCCACUUCUACUUCUGCUUCUCGUAUCCGAUUAAGGUUUUCUUUUUUGUCAAGCUGUUUUUAGUCGAAUGCUCUACAACAUCACCCAUCUAUCCCAUCAUCUCUGGAGGAAAACAGAUAUCGAGCGUGUGCGUGAUGGCGUGUGUGUCCAAAAGGGGACAGUUUAUUUGGCUAUUUAUUUAGGUUUCUAUGAUUGCAUUCAACCCCCACAAAAAGACACACACACACACGCGGGGGGCGCACACAUACAUUCAGUCACAUUAGCUCUCCUGUCAUUUAUACAUGUAAUGCGUAUUAAAAUAGGUUUACCUAGAAAGAAAAGUGUUACGCGGGGCGCACAACAACCGAGAGAGGGAUCGUUAGCCUCUUGCCGCUCUUUCCUUCUUUCCCUCGCGCGGGAACCUUCCGCCGGGAGUGCGUUAGUGGGCACGAAAUCGAACUGAAGUAGUUGGUUGCAGCGGUAGCAUACUUUAGGUAGGUGAUGCCAAUCGAAACGCGGUCAAUCAGUGAGGGGAAUCAGGUUAGAUAUUUCAUGUUUAUGGUUUUGUUAUAUACACACACACACAUAUAGAGAGAGAUUGCUUUUCUAUCAUAUAUAUAUACAGUUGAGGAGGGUUUUUGUAUCUUUUUUUUGUGAGGAAUUCCAUCUGCAUCUUAAUUCUAAACGCGAGUUAAAGAUUUUUAGUAAAAAAAAAAAACAGUAAGAUUUUGCUCUUUUCUUUACAAUUUGUAAUGAAUCUUCUUCUUUUCCCCCGUUUCGGGAGCGCACACACCGUUAACAGCUUAAUAGACACAUCACGCAUCGGUAUCCGGGAAAAAGGAAAGCGGAUUUGUCAUGCAAAAUUUUGCUGCUGGUUUGCCCUCUUUCCGUCUAUUUUGUUUUCUUAAGACGAAUUAAUUUAAAUUGCUGUUUAUUGUUGCUCCUCGGGCAGCCGCGCGUUGUGAUGCCCAUUGUCCGUGUAAGCUGGCAGGCCUAAGCUUAGUGGUAGUGGUGACGAUAAAGGGGUUUCCAUCACGUAUCAUUCCCGGCCGAUUGGUUUUCUCGUACUGACGAUGAUUUAAUAUUGUCUUUUUUCGCCCCUUCGUUUCUUGUUCUAUUGAGUUUGAGAACGAAACACUAGCACGAACACAACGAGAUCGAAAGGAAGAGGAAGGUUGAAAAGAAGCGGCCCAGAAAAACGAACAAUCAAUCUCAGAGUUUGUAAACGCAUCAGAUACGAAAUUCGGCCAAACCAAACCAAACCAGGCAUGGAGAUGCAUUUACAAUUUUCAACGCACGGUAUGUCAUUUAAGUUUGUCGUCCGUAGCAGUAGGUUCCUCUUCGUACCCAACCCAAUAAUCCUUCCCUGCAUCCCCAAGUAGACAAGAGAGAGAAAAAAAACCCUAAACUAAACGAGCAAGCAAGUUAUAGAUAAGUGUACAUAUGUUCUCUACAAUCUACUACACGAACACAGUCCUCCCAUAUAUAUUUUUUAAAUCGCUAAAGAGUAGGGUACUUCGUUCGAUGUUCAGUUACAGGAAAGGAAAAAGCUAAAGAAAACAACAAACAAAAACACAGACAGUGCACAAACAGAGCCCCCCUCCUUUAAUUAAUUGGCCCAGUAAUGUAUCGUGGAGGACCACUAAAUGAUCUUCAGUACGGAGCGCGCUUUCCCGCGAAUGUGUGAAAGGUGAAAGCAAAACUGCUUUGCUUCAUGAUGGAAACAAAACUCUAUAUUUACAAAAAGCUGUAUUUAACAAAAACCCCCAAUUCAAACAUUCGAUCAGAGAGAGAGCUACAAAAUGAUAUUAAACUAUCUUGAACAACUGUGGGUGGGUGGAACAGUGUGAUGAAUGCCAAUUGUACGUUGUAGAUGGAACAAAAAAGGGCGAGACAGAAAUUUGACAAAUUUUCUAUUACGGCUGCAAUUACGCUGAACAGAACGAAACGAAACAAAACUGUAUAAAGCUUUGCAAAACUUUCAUCUCUAAUGCAUAUAUACAUAUAAAUACAUAUAAAUAUACAUAUAUAACACUCUCUCUCUCUCUCUCUGUCUCGGUCUCUCCAAAAAAACCGCACUAUAAGGCUCUCAUUAGCGCUCACGGUAGCACCCGAUCACACCGCGUAUUCAUGCCUUUUUUUUUCUUUAUGUUAGUGACCGGAAGUGCGUGGAUACCGGAUGUCGAGUAAUCGCACCACACCCUAUUUUCUACCUUCUACGGAUAGUGUGUGUUUUUUUGUUUCGUUUUUAAGUGUACAUGUGUUGAUGAACAAGUGGAAAAAUGAUUAUAAAGCAAAAAAAAAAGCAGUACGAACAUGCAGAAGGAAAUUCUGAAUAAUUAUAAACGAUAAUGUGAACAAAUAAUGCUACCGAUUAAGGUUACAGAGAGAGACAACCACACACAAGGAUUCGUGAUGUGGUGCGAUCAAAUGUGGAAUUUCCCUGGACCGAGUUUCCCUUCUUUCCCAUCCUCGUCCCCAACACACGUCCCAUUUUCUGUCCCCGACGCGAAAAACUGAAAUAAAGUAUAGAAAUAUAUAUGACCAUUAA